AUGGCCGGCGAGUGGGCGAAGGCAAAGGAGAAGGCCGAGAAAGAGGAGAAAGAUCCCGUCGAAGCUUUGAAGCUCGCCAAGCGGAUUUACCGUGGUCUCCGCAACAAAGCGGCGAAGGGCGGGGGCAAAGCUGCUCCAAUGAAGGCGAUGAAAGCUAUGGCUUCGAUGAAGGGCAAAGCCGUGCCGAUGAAGAUGAAGGCGAUGAAAGCGAUGGCAACGAUGAAGGGCGCAGCCGUGCCGAUGAAGUCGAUGAAGGCCAUGGCGGCCAUGAAGGCGAUGAAGGUCACGACUGGUGCAUGGGCGGCGGCAAAGAAGAAGGCCGAGAAGGAGAAAGAUCCCACUGAAGCUUUGAAGCUCGCCAA